CCCCUCGCUAGCCGAGGCGGCGCGGGCUCGUGAGUAGCGGCCUGGUGCGCGCGCUGGGCGGGCGACGGAGCCAGACGGAUACGGGCGCCGCCGGAGUGGAAGCCGGAGCAGGAGUCCUUAUUGCUGAGGGGCCGCCGCAGCCGCCGCGAGCCUCCGGACCGAAGCCAGGCCGAAGAGGGCGCCGCGCGGGGAACUUGGCAAGAUGACCCAGUUCCUGCCGCCCAACCUUCUGGCCCUCUUUGCCCCCCGAGACCCCAUCCCAUACCUGCCGCCCCUGGAGAAACUGCCACAUGAAAAACACCACAAUCAGCCCUACUGUGGCAUUGCGCCGUACAUCCGAGAGUUUGAGGACCCUCGAGAUGCCCCUCCUCCAACUCGUGCAGAAACCCGGGAGGAGCGAAUGGAGAGGAAGAGACGGGAAAAGAUUGAGCGACGACAACAGGAAGUGGAGACAGAGCUAAAAAUGUGGGACCCUCACAAUGAUCCCAAUGCUCAGGGUGAUGCCUUCAAGACUCUCUUCGUGGCUAGAGUGAACUACGACACAACAGAAUCCAAGCUCCGAAGAGAGUUUGAGGUGUAUGGACCCAUCAAAAGAAUACACAUGGUCUACAGUAAGCGGUCAGGAAAGCCCCGAGGUUAUGCCUUCAUCGAGUACGAGCAUGAGCGAGACAUGCACUCCACCACGCAGCUGGCUUGCAGCUGAUGCUUACGCUCCCCUUACAACACCUCAGUGUAUGGUUGGUAUAAGGGUUUGUAUCAUGGGUAAGAUCACUCAGCACCGCACACCAGCCCAGCUUAGCCAGGCAGCUCAGGAGCAGCAAGGCAUCCCUCUUCCCACCCCAGCCGCCCCCUCCGUCUCCCCGCACCCACAGCCCUUUCCUCGUUUGGGUGCCCUCUGCCCUUCCUGCCCCGAUCCACACACUCUCCGAGAACCUUGCUGGUCCCAGGAGGGGAAGGUUGAGCCCCAGUGGGAAAGGCAGCCAGCCUCUCCACUUGGGCUCCACCCAUCCCCGACUACCCGGCUUCAUGACGUCAGUGGCAAGGUGGCAGGAAUACUGAAGACGGGGUGUACCAGGGCCAGGGCUCCAUGUGGAACCCUCCAGCCCUCCCUUCCCUGUCCCCCGUGCCUUCUGUGGGGCUGUUACUGUGGUGGCCCUAGAGAGUCUUUUUGGCUGCUAGUUUCUGGGUGCUCUGUCCCCUUCCUGUCUUACCAUGCUGAGGCCUCUUGAGGGGCUGGCUAUGGUGCCCACCCGCUCUCCAGAGGCGGCCAGGAGCUCCCCAGAUGCAUGGAAUUGGGGCUUGAGCAUGGGAGGGAUCGAGGGGUAGGCUGCAAACAGCUGACGGUGUAGUCGAUUUUUACUUAAGAGCCUUUCACUGUCUAGAAAAGAGAGGGAAAGAGCGAGCGAGAGAGAGAGAGAGAGAGAGAGGCCUAGAUGAACACGAUCACAUGUUUUCUUUGCUGUUCCUCCUGGGUUGGGUCUCUUUUGGGGUUUGGGACACUGAACCUGAGCUGGGUUCCUUUGCUUGACUGUGGUCCUAGUCCUUUAAUUCCUUUCCCCACUCCCCUCCUGUGAGUUCAGGGGCCAAGCGGCCCCUCCGCCUGAACAGGUUGUCUCCUGGGCCUUGUGUGCCGGCCUCCGGCCUCUGGGCUAAAGCGGCAGGUGGGAGGGAGCCUGGAGGUGGAGGUGGAGACCCACUCCAGGUCCUGGCGGGCCGUGUGCCUAGUCGAGUGUGACUUGGAGAUUGUGAGGUAGGCAGGUAUUCUCAGGCCUCCCCAGCCUUUUUAAAAAACCUCCAACAAGAUAGUCUCAGGGCUUUCAAGUUCCCAGAUUUGAUGUUAAUCCUUGUCUCCCCUUCUAAGGCUUCCUUGAGGUAUCUUUGGGGUCCGCCACUUCCUCUGCCUGUCUCCAGGUGAUGCAGGAGAUGUGGUUCCUCUUCCUUGUGGCUCCCUAGACUUCCCACUUCCCCUCCCUGUAGCUUUAGCUGACCUCAUGGUUGUGGGUGUGGGGUCUGUGCGCGUGCUCAGGUAAGCUUGGGGGCUCCAGGUAAGCGGUCCCGUGUCCCCCCCCGGGAAGCCCGCCUCCUCGCCAGGCCCCCAGGAGUUGCCGAGCCCCCCCCAUCCCGCUCGGUUUGGACACCCGCAAGGCCGGCAUCGGUAAAUGGCACCUUUUUCUCUUCCUCUGGUUGUUAUUUGGGGGGGAACGGGCUGGGGCGGGGCAGGGUAUUGUGGUUGGUUGAGGACAGUCCCCCAGGCCAGGGCUGGUGGGGGGAUCAGGGACUUUUUGGCCUUCCCGACACCCUCAUGUGAUUACAGGCCAGGGUAUCAGGCCUGCCCUUUGCUGUGCCCUGCCUGAGAGCAGCGGCGAACCUCUCCCUGGUCUCCUCCUCUCCUCGCCCUUCCCUGGCAGGCUCGGGCUGGGUAUGGAUUCCCAGCAUUUGUUGAGCUGCAGGUGUGGAGGGCGAGAUCUGGCGGGGCUGGGUGGAAGGGUGGCAGGGUCAGUCGUCUCAGGUAAGGCAGGGAUUUCAGCAGCACCGCACGUCUCCCAUUGCCUCCCUCCACUUUCCUCUCCCCCUGCUACGGGGGCCCCUCCAGGCCCCCUGGGAGCACACAACCCGCCUUUGUGCUCCCUGCCAUUUCCUGAAGAUUUCUCCCACCCCCUUCUGGUUCAUUUUCUGUUCUGAUGUCUGUUCCCCCACACUCACCCUCC